GGGCUACAGGAGAGCAGUGCCAGGGCAGAGUGUCUGUCCCCUCCAGGCAGCUAUAUGCAUCCCAGACAAUAUAGAGGAAGACCAGACUGAGCAAUGGAUCUUUUUUUGAAGGGUUCUGAGGCUCAUUCUGCUGGAGUGUCCAUCCAGAGGGAGAAAGGUUGCGCACUGAGGAGACUGUGGCCGUGAUGUAAUAUCGAAAGGAUGGAGUGCUCUUGGAAAACUAUCCUUCUCCUGGUCUGUGCCUCCCUAGGCAUUCAGUACACAGCUAUCCGAUCCCUGACUACUAGCAUCAACUCCCACUGUCCUGACACACAGCCUGGGAAACACUGUCACUCUCAGCAGAGAGGUGUCAGUGGCUGCUCUGGGAUGACUGGCCCACAAGCUAAUUACCAGACACCCACCAGAAAGCACAUCCUGAUCUUUGCCACCACCAGGAGUGGAUCAUCCUUCCUAGGACAGUUAUUCAAUCAGCACCCUGCUAUCUUUUAUCUGUAUGAGCCUCUCUAUCAUGUGCAACAGGUAUUUGCAAACACAAGUACCAGAAUGAGGAAUGCGUUGGACAGACGGGCUCUCCUGGGGGCACACAGGGACCUGCUCCGCAACUUGUUUGACUGUAACCUGAAUUUCCUGGAGAAUUACAUGAAACCUGUGCCCAGGGACCAUGAGACCACCGUGUUGUUCCGGAGGGGGGCGAGUAAUGCUCUGUGUGAGCCCCCACUUUGCCAUUGGGAUCAGGGUUCAAAGGAGGUGAUUGAGCAUCUCUGUGCCAAGCGGUGUAGGGCACUGAACCUGACCCUGGCAUCACAGGUUUGUCAGGCACGACCUCAUGUGGCCAUCAAGACCGUCAGGAUCCCCGAGAUCAAAGAUAUCCGCUUACUGAGUGAUGACCCCAGGCUCAACCUGAAGAUCAUCCACCUGGUCCGAGAUCCCAGAGGCAUACUCACCUCCAGGAUGGGCACUUUCACGGACAAUUUCCGAGCCUGGAAAAUCUGGAAUGCCACCGGCAGAAAGCCGCACAGCGUGGUUCUGUCCCAAAUAGCAACCACUUGCAGCGACCUCUUCAACUCCGCGGGCACGGGGUUAAGCAGACCAUCCUGGCUGCAGGGCAAGUACAUGUUGGUGAGAUAUGAAGACCUGGCGAGGGAACCUUUCAAGAAGACCGCCGAGAUUUACCAUUUCAUCGGUUUGGACGUGGACAAUCAGGUUAAGAGAUGGGUACUUCAGAACACCAGAGGAACAAGUAGCUCGGUAAGAAAUUACAAGUACACAACCACAAGGAACUCAUCAGCCACUGCGGAAAACUGGAGACUCAACCUCUCCUUCCAGAUUGUGCAAACAGUCCAACAGCUCUGCAAUGACACUCUGAACCAACUCGGCUACCAACUGGUGCGGUCACUGAAGGAUUUGCGGAACCUGUCUAACAGUUUGGUGGAAUCCAAGACUUUUGCUCCCUUCCUAUAGCCCCGUCCUAUGCGGCCAUCAUUAGAAUGAUUAACUGGCAACCUCCUGAAGCAGAGGGGAGAUAAGUGAAGCCCAUUCAGUAGGGGGAGCCAAAAACUGUGGCUGGAUAUUGGUCUGGGUUCAGGGUGGUACACACUGGUGACCCAAGUCACAUCUACAAUUAGCCCUCGAGGACCCAUUUACAGCCCAUGGCUCCAAUUAGACUCCAGAAGAAACUUGUCCAGUCCAUGGGAGCAACUUUGGGCUAAUUGAAUCCCUAGUAGCAACACGGACGAAAAUCAGGAAGGAGAGAAAGAGGGAGCCGGGAAUUGGGAGGGAGAGGGAAUAAUCAGAAGGGAGAGGGAAUGAUUGAAGGGAGACAGAAGGAUUAGAUGGGAGAAAGGGAGACAGCAGAUAGUGGAGAGAGAGUGAAAAGGUUGAGGAAGAAGACCAAAAGAGUAAAUGAGUUUUGGAGAGGAAGAAAGAGUGUAUUGAUUUUAGAAGGGAGAGAGAGAGACUGGGGAGAAGGAGAAGGUGAAUAGGAGAAAGAGACAGAGAAAAUUAGGGAGGGGGCAGUUGGAAAAGGAAAAAGAAGGAGAGAGGUAGUCAGGCAACAUUAGGAGGGAAUGAAAGUGAGAGAUUAAGGGAGAGGAGAAUGAUGAGAAAUGAGUAAAAAACAGAGUGUGCGAAUAGGAUAGAGAAAGAGAGAGUGAAGCUCUGGGGAAGGAGAGCUCGAAAUUGUUCCUCUCAAUGGGUCAUAAACUUGUCUUUCAUUUCUGAACUGUUACUGGCAUCCUACUUUAUAGCUGAGGCUUCUAUACCAACAGGACAUACUCUUCAUAGUAAUUAAUUAUGUGAAGUAUCUACAGAUGUGCAAAUAAAAGAUUUUAUCUUAUUUUAGUAAGAGAGAGAACUCAAACAGGAGAUAUUUGGUGAUUUCAAUCUUGGGGGUGGGGGAGGUUGCACCUUCUGCAA